AUGGGUGAUCGUAUAUCAGUGUUGGAUAUUACUUGUAUUCGAAAUAUGUCUGCUACGGAUCGUCUAAAUAAAUUAAUUCAAGGUGAAAUUAGUAGUCUAAAGAUUGCUAAAAUGUCCAACGUACAUACUUCAGAUCUUGACGAUAUAAUC